GGGGGGAUUUCAAAUGAUAUCUUCAGUUAGUGUAGAACGCUUGCGUAUUGUACUACGAUUAUCGUCAUGACGCGUGAAGACUCUCUUCGUGUUCUUAGGAAGUUUUUCGUUGACUUAUUUCUGAUAUCCGCACUGGUGCUAUGCAUCUACGCUACAAACUCGCUAUGGGAGCCCUUCGAGAGAGGCUACUUCUGUGGAGACGAGAGUCUCAUGUUUCCAUACAAAAAUGACACCGUGACCACGCCGAUGUUGAGGUUAUUUGGACUUGGCCUGCCCAUACUAGCUUUCUUCCUCUGCGAGUGGGUGUUACUCCGCAAAGAAGUAGACGACCGUCGCAUCCUGAGCAUAUGCAUCCCGGCGUGGCUGCGCGGGUUCUACUGCCCCCUGGCUUCGUUCGCCUUCGGCACCUGCUUCAUAGAACUCACUACCAAUGUCGCUAAGAACGUCAUCGGAAGACCUAGGCCGCAUUUCUUUGAUCUAUGCAAGCCUUCAGUGGACUGCAGCCUGGCAGAAUGGCAGAAGCGUUACGUGCAGCCUCACGACUACCACUGCACGGGCGACCAGACCGACAAGUUCACCGACAUGCACAUGUCCUUCCUCAGCGGACACUCCGCCUGGUCCGCCUUCACCAUGUUCUACUUGGCUUUGUACCUCGAGAAGCGCAUGGUGUGGCGUGGUACACGCGUGCUUCGCCACUCGCUCCAGUUCGCCGCCGUGAUGCUGAGCUGGUUCACAGCGCUGUCUCGUGUCUCGGACUACAAGCACCACUGGAGCGACGUGCUGGCGGGAUACUUCCUGGGCAUGACCUUCGCUGUGCUCAUUUGGACUUGGGGCACAGAUAUUUUGGAGCCAAAACGUAAACACCACUCUCUACCUCAGCACGAGUUAAACUCAAUACACCACCAGCAAAUGGCGGCGCCGGCGUAGCUUUAAUUAGUUUUAUUAAUUAAAAUGUAACUACAUUAGUUAUAUUGAUUAGUUUUAAAAU